AUGACCCCUUUCCGCUUGAACUUUGUCCAUCUAUUUCAUUUAAGAUUCUUCCUCAAAAGACCAAUGUCCACUUAUGCUGAUUUGCUGCGAGCUCGAUUCAACUGUGAGGAAGUGUUAACUGUGACCAAAGGGUUGCCUAUAAAAGCCUACCUUCUUCCAAGUACUGAUGCACAUCAGAGCGAAUACCUGGCCGAGCACGAUUUCCGUGUGAAGUUCCUUACGGGCUUCACUGGUUCUAACGCUUAUGUCGCUGUUACAGAUCAAAAAGCGGUACUGUGGACAGACGGGCGGUACUUCACGCAGGCUGCUGAACAACUGGUACCACCGUUUACUCUGCUGAAGCAGGGUCAAGCAGACUCUAUCACAGUAGAAGAGUUCGUUGUAGAGAAUCUAGACGCUGGAGAUUGGGUAGGAAUCGAUCCGGCACUCCACACUUAUGAGGGAGGUGAAAAAUUAGUUAAGACGUUGAACGGUAUGGGACUACAUGUUGCGCCUCUCCGGCAUAAUCUUGUUGACGAAUUCUGGAAAAAUCGGCCACCGCUUCAACCAAAAGGCCCUAUCGUUUUGUCCGUCGGAGAACAUGGACGCAAAACAGAAGAUAAACUACGGGACUUACGUGAACGUAUUGCUAGAAAGAAGUGCAGCUCUAUUAUCCUUGCAGCCCUUGACGAUAUCAUGUGGCUUCUCAACAUCCGUGGAUUUGACAUCAAGCAUAAUCCUCUGGCCUAUUCUUACCUAUUAGUAACUCCGGAUGAGGUGCACUUGUUCAUGGAUAAAGCAGAUCAAACGAUGCGAACUUAUCUCAAAGACAAUCAGAUUUUGCUUCACCCAUACGAUGAAGCCUACAGUUACGUGUCGAACUGGAACAAUCAACAAAAAGCAGAACACAAACAGAAACAUAGAGUCUUCGUGCCCACCUCUACAAAUUACCUAUUCGGCAGUCUCUUUGAAUCUGUCUCUGUAGUGGAUGGCAGUCCGGUGCAAGUCAUGAAAGGGGUGAAGAAUUCCGUUGAGAUGGAAGGCAUGCGGAGGAGUCAUAUCCGUGAUAGCGCAGAACUGGUAUGUUUUUUGAUGCAGCUAGAAGAAAGACUGCUCGAGGGACAUACCCUAACUGAAAUUGAAGCAGCAGCCAAAAUUGACACUAUGAGAGCUAAACUGGAUAAGUAUGUGGAUUUGAGUUUCUCAACAAUUUCUGCAUCUGGUGAUCACGCCGCAAUGCCACAUUACCACAGCGAAGGUGAAGCUGGCAAACGGUUAGUGACAGCUGAUCAAGUGUAUCUCCUGGACUCCGGGGCGCAUUACAGAGAUGGUACAACUGACGUUACACGUACAGUAUGGAUACGCAAAUGUUCACCAAUACCAGAAGAGUUUAUCAAGCACAACACACUAGUCCUUAAGGGUCACAUUAACUUAGCCAAUACCGUGUUUCCUCACGCCAUACCAGGUAUCCGCCUGGAUACACUCACACGACACGCAAUGUGGCAAGAAGGGUUGGAUUUUGGACAUGGAACAGGACAUGGAGUUGGACAUUUUCUCAAUGUUCACGAGGGUCCAGCCAGCAUUGGUCACCGGCAAAAUGUCUAUGGUUCCGACACUUGGGUGAGGGAAGGAAUGGUACUUACAAUAGAGCCCGGCUACUACCUUGAAGGAAAAUGGGGUAUUCGAAUAGAAAAUUGUUACGAGGUCGUCAAGGUUACAGUCCCAUCAGAGGCGGACUUUCUUGGAUUCAAGCCGUUAACAUUGGUGCCAAUCCAGACAAGCUUACUUAACAAAACUAUGCUGACGAAGAAAGAGGUUGAGUGGCUGAAUACUUAUCAUGAUGAAGUACUAUCAACAGUAGGAAAUCAUCUACAGAAAGCGGGUAGAACGAAGGAAUUGGAAUGGCUUAAGAAGCAGUGCGCUCACAUAUGA